AUGUGCUGGAGGAUUUUUUCAGCAUACAUCGGUGUCCAGCAGCGACAACAACAUCCAGUAUCACAGACUAUGUGGUUAGCAAUGCGCAAAAAACGUCUCCUUUUGCACCACCAGGACUGCUGCAGUCGCAGAGCUUGCAACAUUUCUCUGUGGAUAUUGGUUUUUUGUUGGUGUAUGAUGCUUGUCCGGGGGCAAGGCUACUACCCCACAGUCAAUACACAGUACGGGAAAUUACGGGGGGCGCGGGUUCCGCUGCAUAGUGAGAUCCUGGGACCAGUGGACCAGUACCUGGGAGUCCCGUAUGCCACCCCACCGGUGGGUGAAAAACGAUUCCUACCCCCUGAGCCACCCUCGUCUUGGUCCGGGAUCAAGAAUGCCACUCAUUUUGCACCAGUGUGCCCACAAAACAUUCACAAUGCUGUUCCGGAAAUCAUGAUGCCAAUCUGGUUCACAUUUAACUUGGAUAUAGUUGCAACUUCUAUACAGGAUCAAAAUGAAGAUUGUUUGUAUCUAAACAUCUAUGUUCCAACAGAGGAUGUCAAAAGAAUAUCCAAGGAAUGUACCAGAAAACCCAACAAGAAAAUAUGUAGAAAAGGAGGAACCCAUUCCAAAAAACAGGGCGAGGAUUUAUCCGAUAACGACGGUGAUGAAGAUGAAGACAUACGAGAUACUGGAGCCAAGCCUGUGAUGGUGUACAUACAUGGAGGAUCGUACAUGGAAGGCACUGGGAACAUGAUUGACGGAAGUGUGCUGGCUAGCUAUGGGAAUGUCAUCGUCAUUACACUCAACUUUCGAGUCGGCGUUCUAGGCUUCCUCAGCACAGGAGACCAGGCUGCUAAAGGGAAUUAUGGGCUUUUGGACCAGAUCCAGGCUCUGCGUUGGAUAAGCGAGAACAUUGGCUAUUUCGGUGGCGAUUCCAAUCGCAUCACUGUAUUUGGAUCAGGAAUUGGUGCCUCUUGUGUGAGCCUUCUAACCCUGUCUCAUCAUUCUGAAGGACUGUUUCAUCGUGCCAUAAUCCAGAGCGGUUCAGCAUUGUCCAGCUGGGCCGUCAACUACCAGCCGGUUAAGUACACAAGGCUGUUGGCAGAAAAAGUGGGUUGCAAUGUGCUGGAUACACUGGACAUGGUAGACUGCCUGAGAAAGAAAAGUGCUCGCGAGCUGGUGGAACAAGACAUCCAGCCUGCAAGAUACCACGUAGCCUUUGGCCCAGUUAUCGAUGGCGAUGUCAUUCCCGAUGACCCUGAGAUCCUGAUGGAGCAGGGUGAGUUCCUUAAUUAUGACAUCAUGCUGGGUGUCAACCAGGGUGAAGGUCUGCGCUUUGUGGAGAACGUUGUGGACUCUGAAGAUGGCGUCUCGGGCAAUGAUUUUGACUUCUCAGUCUCAGACUUUGUGGACAGUCUGUAUGGUUACCCAGAGGGAAAAGAUACGCUACGUGAAACCAUUAAGUUCAUGUAUACAGACUGGGCUGAUAGAGACAAUCCUGAGACGCGUCGCAAGACUCUGGUGGCACUUUUUACUGAUCACCAGUGGGUGGAGCCCUCAGUGGUAACAGCUGAUCUUCAUGCCCGGUAUGGAUCACCCACAUACUUCUAUGCCUUCUACCACCACUGCCAGAGUCUGAUGAAGCCCGCUUGGUCAGAUGCUGCCCAUGGAGAUGAGGUGCCCUACGUCUUUGGUAUUCCCAUGAUUGGUCCGACUGACCUCUUCCCCUGCAACUUCUCCAAAAAUGAUAUCAUGCUCAGUGCUGUUGUCAUGACCUACUGGACUAACUUUGCCAAAACUGGGGAUCCCAACAAACCAGUGCCUCAGGAUACCAAGUUUAUUCACACUAAAGCCAAUCGUUUUGAAGAGGUGGCCUGGUCUAAAUACAAUCCUCAAGAUCAGCUGUACCUGCACAUUGGCCUAAAGCCACGAGUCCGGGAUCACUACCGUGCUACUAAAGUGGCAUUCUGGAAGCACCUGGUCCCUCAUCUGUACAACCUCCAUGAUAUGUUCCACUACACCUCUACUACAACUAAAGUCCCACCACUCGAAACAACUCAAAAUUCCCUGUCUACCAAGCGUCCUAAUGGCAAAGCCUGGCCAUUUAACACCAAGCGGCCUCCAAUGUCUCCAGCAUAUAAUAGUGAGAGUGGAAAGGAACAAUGGAAUGGAGAAGAGGAGCCAGGACCUCUUGUGGUGGAGAAUCCCAGAGAUUACUCCACUGAACUGAGCGUAACCAUCGCUGUAGGAGCUUCGCUGCUGUUCCUCAAUGUUCUUGCAUUUGCUGCUCUGUACUAUCGCAAGGAUAAGCGGCGACAAGAACAGCACCCGCAACCCAGCCCACCACGAGCCACUACUACCAAUGAUGUGAAUCGCCAUGCCCCCGAAGAGGAGAUUAUGUCCCUGCAGGUGAACCAGACACAUCAUGAGUGUGACGCUGGGCCGACGGGAGACCCACUGCGACUCGCUUCACUUCCCGACUACGCGCUUACUCUGAGGCGCUCACCCGACGAUAUCCCACUCAUGACACCAAACACCAUAACGAUGAUCCCCAAUUCACUAGUGGGCAUGCCGAACCUACAUCCAUACAAUACCUUCACAGCCGGUUUCAACUCCACUGGCCUACCACAUUCCCACUCCACCACGCGCGUAUAGCUUUAUGGCGGUGAAGGGGACAAGUCGUUGGUUUUAAUGAAAACAUUACAGCAAGAGGAGUGAGUUCAGGAUGAUGAUGGCAACAAAAUAAUUUGAAUAAACAUUUGCAAAAAGCAGUGACAAGUUCUUUCCAGAUGUCAAGUUGUGCAAACCUGCCAAAACAGAACUGCUCUCUUUCCUUCAAAAAAGGGAUGAGCAUUUCAAGCAGUAUUUUUUCUAAUCAUCAUUUUAAAAGGAACAAAAAAAAAUGCCUUUUUAAGCAGAAUCAGGCGAAUGGGGCGAUCACCUUUUUUUGAAUAAAUAACAGAAGAAAAAAAAAACAAGGAAGUGCAUUUUAUUUCCCAUCACAGUCUUUUGUGGGAAACACAUUUCAAAACAGUGGCCUCUAAGGUGACAUCUGCAUAAAAUGUUUGCUUUGCUUUUUUCAAUUUCUUUUCAUUGCCUUAUAAAGAGCUGUUGUUGAUGUUUUUUUGUUUUUUUUUCUUUUAAUUUGACGAUCUUACCCUGAGAUGAGUUUGUGUGGAACAUAGUGAUCCAACUUGAGUGGUUGGAUUCCAGGAAGCUUAGGUAGACGACAAAUGUGAAAACUGGUGGACUGAAAUGGUAACUCCGACUCAUUUUCCAGCUGCGUAACCUCGCGUUUUUUUAACUUUUUUUCUUGAUUCCACUGAAAAUCUUUUGUUUGAAACAUUUCCAUGGAUACUGGAGAUAAAGACUUUUGACAUUACUGUAAUUGUUUUGUUUUAAGCAAAGUGCAUCUUUUACAACAAAAUUAUCUAUUUACUCCUGCGUCAAAUUCCCAUGAAAUGCACACUUAUGCUCAGAGCACUGUUUGACUGGUGUGUAUGUGUGUGUGUGUGUGUGUGUGCGAGCGAUUCUGGAUAUGAAAGGGAAUAUUUGAGUGUGUGUGUGUGUGUGUUGUGUGUGUUUGAUUGCCUUUGCCAUGAUUUUUUCUUUAAUAUUUGUGUGAUGGGGUGGGGUGGGGCUUCUUUACCACUGCGUUGAUUUUGUUCACCACAAGUAGUGUUUCAAUUGCGUCUAUUGUCAUGUCUUUGCGAAAUAGAACUUUUUGUUAUUUUUUAAAAAGUUACAUAUGUCUAAUUUUGCUUAAGAAUUACAAAAUAAAUCUAUUAUUUUACAUGCAAGAGAAAAUGAUAGCUUAAGAUUGAACUGAACUAACUGACAUGAUUUCAUUGACUUUGUAAGCGUUCCUCUUGACUGGAGACAGUGGCCUCUUCACACUGAAUAACCUGACUUCAGUGUAGACCUGUGUUUCUUUAAAUAUAUAUAUAAAUAUGGGCAUACAUACAUAUAUGUAUAGGGCUUUUAAGAAGAUUUUGUUCCUGUUUACUAGAAAGUGUAAAUGACCGUUAUUAUCAACUAUUAGGCUAAAAGUAUACCAAUAUUCAUAGGGCAGACCAGCUGUCUGUGCUAGUUUUAUUCUCGACAUUAUAAUCUGAGGCCACAACAAUUGUCUUUUUAAUAGCUCUAUAUGUAUAUUUAUGUAUAAAUAUAUUUAAUAUUUAUUUAUGUAUACCAGAUGUAUACAUGCUGAUUGUGCCAUGUGCCAAAUUAAACCAUACAACUGGAGAAAAAUA